AUGAAAUUCGUUUCCCUUAGUUACACCCUGGUAUUGUUAGGGUCAUGGUUGUUGUCCACUGUUCUAGCGACCCCUACGACAUGUGGUGCACCCGAAUACCACAUUCAAACCCAAGCUGAUCUGGAUGUUUUAAGUAAUUGCCAAGUCAUUAAUGGUUCCAUCAUCAUGAAUGCCAGUUCAGCGGUCUCGUUGUCAUUCAACCGCAUUGAAAGUGUCGUCGGUGAUGUUAUUAUUCAAAAUAAUAACUAUUUGGCUUCUGUUUCCCUUACAUCUUUGAAAUCUGUCCAAGGAGAACUUCGUCUGGAAAAGCUCACUAGACUUGGUAGUUUGUAUGCCCCUGCUUUGGAAAGAGUCGGAUCCUUAAACUUGCGCAUCUUACCAAAUCUCCAAGGAAUUCGUUUCGACAAGGGUGUCAAGGAAGCAAAUGUCCUACGUAUUGAGGACACCCAGUUAUCUACACUUGAUGGAAUUUCUUUGAAGAAGACUGAGAGUAUGAUUGUUGUUAAUAACAAUUAUCUCCGAGAAGUAAACAUGCCUUAUUUGGAAAACGUUAAGGGUAAAUUUUACGUUUCUUACAACGCUAGAGAAAUUAGUGUGAAGUUACCCUCGCUUGAAAAUGUUGGAGACAUGACUAUUCAAAGAGUCGCCGACAUUGAUCUUCGUGCAUUAAAGACCGUCCACGGAUUCCUAGGAUUUUUGAACAGUACUAUGAAAGAAGUCUCAUGCCCCAACAUUACUUCCAUUGGUCAGUCAUUGUUCUUUGUAGGAAACACCGAUUUGGCCUCCAUCGACUUUAAGCAACUGGAAACAAUUGGUGGUACAUUUAUGAUUUUCAACAACCCAGAAUUGAAACAGAUUAAGGGAUUCAGCAAGUUGCGUACUGUGGCUGGAUCGAUUGAUUUUAGCGGUGAUUUGGCUGAAGUGGAUUUGCCUGCUUUGAAAGAUGUCAAGGGUGGUUUGAACUUGCAAUCCUCCUCGGAUCAAUUUUCUUGCCCAUUCCGUCAAAGCGAUGGUAUCAUCAAAGGUAAAUCUUUUGUAUGCCGUGGAAACGUAGAGAAUCCAACAAAUGAACAAGCUAGCCUUGACGACGAGCUUUUCGGUGAAGAUGGCACUGAAAGCGUCAAGGAGCCCUUGAAGAACUCGAAGGACAGGUCGAACAAGCAAUCAAGUGCCGCUAACAAGAGUAAGAUUUCUUCUUCGAUUGUGCUCGCUUCUCUUUUGGUGUUUAUGGCAUUUUAUUUGGAAUACCUCCUUUAA